GACCACAGCGGGCAGCGAUGGCGGCGGCGGGAGCCGGGGCCGGAGCCGGCGCGGGGCCGCCGGCCUCAGCGGCGGGAACUGAGGAAGGAGAGACGCCACCGGCAGCAGUGAUUGUUGCCGCCCCAGCCGGAGAGGGCACGUCGGCAGCCCCUACUACGGAUCCGAAUUCCGGGGAGGCCGAAAGCGGGGAUUCUACCUUGGUUGAUGUAACUGCUGGUUUGGAGACUGAAUCCUCAAAUGGAAAAGAUACAUUAGAAGGAGCUGGGGACAGUUCAGAAGUCAUGGACACUCAGACUGGUUCUGUGGAUGAAGAGAAUGGUCGACAGCUGGGAGAGGUGGAGCUGCAGUGUGGAAUAUGUACCAAGUGGUUUACAGCAGACACCUUUGGCAUUGAUACUACGUCCUGCCUACCUUUUAUGACAAAUUACAGUUUUCAUUGCAAUGUAUGUCAUCACAGUGGGAACACCUAUUUCCUCCGAAAGCAAGCAAACUUAAAAGAAAUGUGCCUUAGUGCUUUGGCCAACCUGACAUGGCAGUCCCGAACACAGGAUGAACAUCCUAAAACCAUGUUCUCCAAAGACAAGGAUAUUAUACCAUUCAUUGACAAGUACUGGGAGUGUAUGACCACCAGACAGAGACCUGGGAAAAUGACCUGGCCCAAUAACAUUGUUAAAACAAUGAGUAGAGAAAGAGAUGUAUUUUUGGUGAAGGAACAUCCAGACCCUGGAAGUAAAGACCCGGAAGAAGAUUACCCCAAAUUUGGGCUUUUGGAUCAGGAUCUUGGUAAUAUUGGCCCAGCUUAUGACAACCAGAAGCAAAGCAGCACAGUAUCUACUAGCGGAAAUUUAAAUGGUGGAGCCUCUUUUGGAGGGGGAAUUGCAGCAGGAAGCAGUGGAAAAGGAAGAGGAGCCAAGCGCAAACAGCAGGAUGGAGGGACCACAGGAACAACCAAGAAGGCUCGAAGUGACCCAUUGUUUUCUGCUCAGCGCCUUCCCCCUCAUGGCUAUCCAUUGGAACACCCAUUCAACAAAGAUGGCUAUCGGUACAUUCUCGCAGAACCAGACCCCCAUGCUCCAGAUCCUGAGAAGUUGGAACUGGACUGUUGGGCAGGGAAGCCUAUUCCAGGAGACCUCUACCGAGCCUGCCUCUAUGAACGGGUUUUGUUAGCGCUUCACGACCGAGCUCCUCAACUAAAGAUCUCAGAUGACCGACUCACUGUGAUUGGAGAGAAAGGCUACUCAAUGGUUCGAGCCUCCCAUGGAGUUCGGAAAGGGGCCUGGUACUUUGAGAUCUCUGUGGAUGAGAUGCCUCCAGACACGGCUGCCAGGCUGGGCUGGUCCCAGCCUCUCGGUAACCUCCAAGCUCCUCUGGGCUAUGACAAAUUCAGUUAUUCAUGGCGGAGCAAGAAGGGGACCAAGUUUCAUCAGUCCAUUGGCAAGCGCUACUCCUCUGGCUAUGGUCAAGGCGACAUACUGGGGUUUUAUAUCAAUCUUCCUGAGGAGACAGAAACUGCUAAGUCUUUGCCUGACACCUAUAAAGAUAAGGCUUUGAUAAAGUUCAAGAGUUAUUUAUAUUUUGAAGAAAAGGAUUUUGUGGAUAAAGCUGAGAAAAGCCUCAAGCAGACUCCCCAUAGUCAAAUAAUAUUCUUCAAAAAUGGUAUCAGCCAAGGAGUGGCCUACAAAGAAAUUUUUGAAGGAGUCUACUUUCCUGCCAUCUCACUGUAUAAAAGCUGCACGGUUUCUAUCAACUUUGGACCCUGCUUCAAGUUUCCUCCAAGAGAUCUCACUUACCGCCCGAUGAGUGACAUGGGCUGGGGUGCCGUGGUGGAGCACACGCUAGCUGAUGUCUUAUACCAUGUUGAAACAGAAGUGGAUGGGAGACGGAGUCCCCCAUGGGAGCCAUAAAUAAUCAGUUUCCCUGUUCUUGCUCAUCAUAACUUUUCUGUGGAAUGAAACUGGGUGUGUCAUAUACUUUAUUUUUUUUUUUUAAACAGUUUCAAAUAUCCUCACCUCGAAAGGGACCAUGCAGAGCUCAGCAUCUCCUUUCUCAAGUUAUAAGAUUAGGUUAGCAGUGGAGGGUAGGGACAGGCAAGCCCUUGUCCUCUACUGUUGUCCCUUGUUUAUGAAUGAGUACUCUUCACCAGUGUACCAUGCUCUGAAAACUCCUGACUCUUCAAAAUCCAAUGAGCUUCCUGAGAAAUUGGUGCUGUGCCACAUGUCAUUAGAUUUCAGGCUGCUUAUCCAGCCAUGUUUCUAACACAGAGGGAGUUGUCUUUUUCAAGCUACUUUCUUGUUUAAAAAACAUUUCCAUGUGUGGAUAUCGACUCUUGUCCCAUUCUUCAGAUUUUUGCAAGGGACAGUCAUUCCAUUUCCAGGAGCAACUGAAUUAGUGAUCCCUGCGGAGCAGCAUUGUGCUCCAACAGCUCUAAAAACUAUUCAUUUUGAAUUUUUUUUAAGUUGUAAAUAGUUUUCUUAUACAAGGAUCUCUAAAAUGCCAAGACAGCCAAGUGCAUGAAACCGUAAUUGUGAAAGAUUUUAUUGCUUGUAACUUUGAAAGAAAUAAUAACCAGUCUGAAAUAAAACUUGAAAAUUAA